GUGAGAUUACGGGAGAGAAAGCUUGUCAUUGGGAAUAUACCCCGUUGUAUGCGGUACUUACACAGCACUUGUGAGCAGAAGUGGUCCACUCGCCGCAUCGCCAAAACCUGGCAGCCCAGCAAUGACCCCUUCAGCGAUCCUUUCACAGUGAGUAAGGAAGACUAAGCAUUGAACAUGAUUCGACGGCACGCGUGAAUUCUGGGUACGGGUGAUGCGCCGCAAAGAGUGCACCCUAACUUAACGGGAAAUGGGUGCAAUCUAAAACCUUCUCUCAAUGCCCAAAAGAUCAGACGAGCUGCUCCCUCGGAGCGUGCGACAGCGUGUUUAUUCUUUCCUCCAAACGACUUCAAAAGUCAUCUAGGGGAUCCGACCUUUGCACUUCUGUUUGGACACCAAGGUUAUUGCCAAAUCGAACAAGAUGGAUAUGGAAAUAGUGCGCUGGCUUGACCAGCCGGUCAUGCUCCAUUCGUCGCGGGCAGACACUUGCAAGCUAACGGCAGAGCAAUGUGCCUAUCGCAUUGGAUACUGGCGGUACUGGUAUGAAGCAGAUCAUCGCUUCGCGCUGCCCACCGUCUACUUAUUCAUCGCCGCCAUCGCCCUGUGUACCAUCGCUUUCUGGAGUUUGAGGCUGGCACCUUCUGGACUUAGGAAACAGGCAUGGUGGCAGAAACUGGUCAGCAGUGUUCGCUUUAUCGCAUAUCGUCGUUACGAAGUAAAAGCUCUUCACACGGGUACAUCUUCUGUGGCAGUAGUGGCAUUGCUGAUUAUUGGUGCUGCGUUCUUUUUGGCAAUGACCCUGGGCCCUUCGCCCUACUACUGGCCUAACACUCGCACCCUGAGUUACGGAAGCUCGCCGCCACUUGCUACAAGAACAGGUUGGAUGGCACUAGCUUGCUUGCCCUUUCUAAUAAUACUACCGACCAAGGCCAAUAUGAUUGCUACCCUGACAGGCGUAUCACACGAACGCCUGAUCGUCUUCCACAACUGGGUUGGUUGGGCUAUGUUCGCCCUGGCUCUCGUACACACCUUUCCAUUCAUCAUCUUCCACAUCUGGAAGGGUGACAUGGUACUGCAAUGGAACACCAGCGUGGUUUACUGGACGGGUGUUGCUGCUAUUAUUCCACAGGCGUAUCUUCAAGUCAUGUCUCUUCCUUGGAUCAGUACUGAAUCAACCUGCGACAGGAACCGAUACUAUGAGUUUUUCAAGGCCACGCACUACUUUGCCGCGAUCCUAUUUGUUGUGUUCUUUUUCUUGCACUGUGACUUCCGCUUGACCUCGUGGGACUACUUCAUCGCAACCGGAGUUCUCUACACCCUAUCGUUCCUGUACUCCCAGAUCAGAACAUACUUCGAGUUUGGGGUCUCGCACCGCGCCAGUUUCGCCUUGGUGUCUGACCUAGUCAUGAAGAUCACCGUCCCCAUCGACACGACAUGGCAGCCGGGCCAGCACUUCUUCCUCCGGUUCCUGACUCUGGGACCCCACGCGCUUACGGCGCAUCCCUUCACCAUCUGCAGCGUGCCCAGCUUGAAAAGAAACGCGGAGAAGUCUAAACUCGUAUUCUACGUUUCUCCCAGGGGAGGUAUGACGGGCCGCCUGGCAAGUCUCGCGGCGCAGCAACCCAACUUCAGCGUACCUGUUCUGCUAGAUGGGCCAUAUGGUGGGCUCAAAACCAAGCCGCUCCAUAGCUACGACCACAGUCUCGUGAUAGCUUGUGGUGCUGGCUCUGCUCUAUCUGUCGGCCUGGUCAUGGACACGUUGCUGCACCUAUAUCGAACGCCGAAAUCUGACGAAGAGGGCACACGGCAUCAAAUGCAAGUCGUCAUCGCCACGCGAGAUCGCCAGUUUACCGAAUGGUACGAGGAAGCUUUGACGGAGUUCAUGGAAGAAAACGGCAUCUCUUGGGACGCGAACUCCAUCCAGAUAAUGGUGUACCUCACAGCUGUUUAUGGACCGCAAGCGAUAAAUUCAUCCGAUGAGUUGGACGCGCGGGCCGAGAAGGGGCUGGUGGAAAAUACUGGCCCCCCCACGAGCACCUCCGGGCGUAUCCCUUUCAAAAUUGUGUGUGGACGACCAGACAUCUCGGCUAUUGUUAGGGAGAGCACGCUUAGGCCCGGAGUGUCGGUUGGAAUAGCCACUUGUGGUCCGGCGGCGGUAUUGAAGGACACGCAGAAUGCAGCUGCGGAUGCGCAAUUGAGGAUACUGAGCUCUGAGGCGGGAGCGCGGGAAGUUUAUUUGCAUUCCGAAGUUUUUACGUAA